CUUAAAGAGGCAGUGGUCCGCACACUCCUGAAAAGACCGCAUUUAGAUCCAGGAGAUCCGGCCAAUUACCACCCAGUUUCAAAUUUACCAUUCUUGGGCAAGGUAAUUGAGCAAGCGGUAGCGGUUCAGCUCCAGCGAUUCGUGGAUGAUGCAAACGUAUUCGAUCCCUUCCAAUCUGGCUUCUGCCCUGGACAUGGGACCGAGACGGUGUUGGUUUCCAUUGUGGAGAUCUCCAACUGCACUUGGAUAGAGGUGGUUUGGUGCUGCUGGUGUUGUUAGACCUCACCGCAGCGUUCGAUGUGGUAGAUCAUGACCUUUUGGUCCACCACCUCGCUGAUAUUGGGAUUUGGGAUUCAGCCUUGGAGUGGCUAAUUUCGUUCCUCUGGGACCAGGGACAGCAGGUAGCAUCGAGGGGUGAGAUCUCCAAAUGUCACCCCAUUGUAUGUGGGGUGCUGCAAGGAGUGAUACUCACCCCAAUGUUCUUUAACAUCUACAUGCCCCCGCGGGAAAGUCUGGUUUGGAGUUUUGGGCUGUGGUGUCACCAAUAUGCAGAUGACACCCAGCUCUUGUUCACAAUGGAGGGCAACCCGAUCUCGUCCCCUGAUGCUCUCCUGCAUUGUCUUGACGCCGUGGCUAGUUGGUUGAGUGCAAGUCAACUGAAGUUGAAUCCUACAAAGAAGGAGGUCCUGUGGCUGGGGCAGGGGGAGUGUCCAGUGGCUUUUGGCCUGCCUAAGCUUCAUGGUGAGACGUUAAAGUUAGCUUCGUCCACCAAAAGCCUGGGGGUGAUCCUGGACCCAUCUUUAUCAUUGGUAGCCCAGGUCAUCCAGACGGCCCAGGCGGCUUUCUACCAUCUGCAACAGGCACGGCAACUGGCCCUGUAUCUCUCCUGUCCUGAUCUGGCCACUGUGAUCCAUGCCACGGUCACCUCUAGAUUGGACUACUGCAGCUCACUCUAUGCGGGCUUACCUUUAGCCAUGAUCCGAAAACUGAAACUCUUGCAAAAUGCAGCAGCCAGGCUUCUUUCGGGGACAACAUCUAGGGACUGGAUUAUGCCAGUCCUAUAUCAGCUACACUGGCUGCCAGUCGAGUACCGGGUCAUGUUUAAAGUUCUGGUACUGAUCUUUAAAGUCAUUUGCAGCCUUGGCCCUGCAUAUCUAAGGGACCAUCUCUCCAUGUAUCACCCUUCUCGGCCCCUUUUACAGCCCUGGCCCCUACUUGGUGGAAUGGGCUCCCGGGUGAGAUCAGGGCCCUGCGGGACUUACAGAGUUUCCGCAGGGCCUGCAAAACAGGCAUUUGGCCAGCUGCGGUAAUAUUGAUCUCUCAUCAUAUAAUAAACAUCUGGCCUCCUGUGGGUACGGGAAAGGGGGGAAGGGGGGAGUUGAAACCAUCUGUGAGUUGCAUAUGGUUCUUUUAAUUGGUUAUUGGUUACUAUAUUGUUUUAAUUGUUUUUCACUGUUUUUAUGGCUAAUGUUGGACACUGUCCUGAGCCCUUUGUGGGUAUACAAAUGUGAUGAAAUAAAUAAAUAAAUAAAUUUGUUUCUUCUGCCCAGA